AAAAAGGUUGGGGACCGCUGCUUUAGAUAAUUGGUAAACAAGCAAUGAAGUGUAAGGCGUGUUUUCACAAGACGGAUAGAGUCCUGUAACUACCAGCUCUGCCGCACUUUUUCGUGGAUACAAGGACACCAGACCUGUUAAUCAACAUGUUUUCACUGAGGUUCUUGGAAAUGUUGGUUCUGGUAAUCCUCCUCUGGAGCUUCCACACAGAGGCUAAACCACUGAGAAAGAGGACUAUCAGUGAGGUGCAGCUUAUGCACAAUGUUCGAGAACACAAACAAGUAGGAGAAAGACAAGAUUGGCUUCAGGAAAAGUUGAAGGGAAUUAUUGUGGCCAGCUCUAAACCACAACAUGGAAAAGCAAGAACUAUAAAAAAUCUUUUUCAAUAUGAUGUUUUUGGAUCAAAAAUCUAG